ACACACAGUAGCCAAUGGCUGCUUUACACGUGUGCGGCUCCCUGAUCCUCAAAUCCUCACUCUUUUCUUCCACCACUGGAUCAGCGAGCUCUCUAUCCAUUUGCUCCGACAAUCCCAUCUUCCCAGUCUAUUCCCUAAUGGCGAGGAUUCUCGACCCACUCCCGCGUCCGGCUCAGCUACCCGCAGCUUCAACUCGCCGCACAGCGCCGGCGCCACCUCCUUGUCGGGUUAUCUCGGCCAGCUCCACCCCGUUUCACGCCCUGUGCUGCCACGGCGAGACAACGGUAGUCACUAAAGCUUUUGCAGUUCCCAGAAGGAAAGCAAUCGCCUUGAUUCUAUCGGGUUGCGUCUUCUCCGAGUUGUUGGCCUCUCGUUACCUUGCGUCUGCCCAACCCUCUGUUGUGUUCCGAGAAUACAUCGAUACGUUCGAUGGCUACUCGUUCAAGUAUCCUCAGAACUGGAUCCAAGUCCGAGGAGCAGGGGCGGACAUAUUCUUCAGAGACCCUUAUGUUCUGGACGAGAACCUCUCCGUGGAGAUGUCGUCUCCCUCAUCGUCCAACUACAAGAGUGUGGAAGACUUGGGCCCGCCCGAAGAAGCAGGAAAGAAAGUGCUGAGGCAGUAUUUGACCGAGUUCAUGUCUACUAGGCUUGGCGUUAGGCGGGAAUCGAACAUCAUUUCCACAUCUUCGAGGGUUGCUGAUGAUGGGAGAAAGUACUAUCAAGUCGAGGUGAACAUAAAGUCGUACGCUAACAACAAUGAACUGGCUGUGAUGCCUGAAGACCGAGUGGUUCGACUGGAGUGGGACCGGAGGUACCUCUCAGUUCUCGGAGUCGAGAACAACCAGUUGUAUGAGCUGAGAUUGCAGACACCAGAGAGUGUCUUUGUUGACGAGGAAAAUGAUCUUCGACAGGUCAUGGACUCCUUCAGGGUAAACAAGGUUUCAGUCUGAUCGAUGAAGGCAUCAUCGUUUUGUUUUGUAAUUCACGAGAUCUUGUCAACUGAAUUCAGCAAAUUAUUUUUCCUGAAGUAUUUUCACAGUGCUGAUUUGCUGCUUCAA